GUUUGAGGAUGAGCGAUUAUUUUAAAUCAACAUAGCACUUGAAAGCAGUUUACACUUUUUUAUUUACUGGUGUUUCGUUAAGACCAAAUAUAAUAAUCCACUUUAUAUUCUUGUUAAUUAAUUCAAUCAGAAUUUUUACUUAAGGCACCCAAAAAGAGGUUAACGCGCAAAGUUUACGCUACCAUAGUAGCGCAGUAUCAGCGUUUGCGUAAUGUUUACUAGGACGACCAUGAACUUUCCCUGAAUUUAAUGAGCUGCGUGAAUGAGAAGCGGCUCGUAAGGUCCUACCUCCUUAUAAAAGUGGCUGGGAUAAAUUCUAAGAGUAAUAAAUGAUUAUGGAGAGGAAGAGGAUGGAUUGCCCGGCUCUCCCCCCGGGUUGGAAGAAAGAAGAAGUGAUCCGGAAGUCGGGGCUCAGUGCGGGCAAGAGCGAUGUCUACUACUACAGCCCCACAGGAAAGAAAUUCAGGAGCAAGCCACAACUAUCACGAUACCUAGGCAACGCGGUGGACCUGGGAUGCUUCGACUUCCGCACAGGCAAAAUGAUGCCAAGCAAGCUUCAGAAAAACAAGCAGCGGCUGCGCAACGAGAAUUUCAAUCUUUUCAAGGGAAAACCUGACUUGAACACUUCCCUUCCAAUCAGACAAACAGCGUCUAUUUUUAAACAGCCGGUCACCAAAGUAGUCAACCAUCCCAGCAACAAAGUGAAGAGCGACCCGCAGAGAUCCUCAGAACAGCCCAGACAGCUUUUUUGGGAGAAGCGAUUAAAAGGUUUGAGGUCAUCAGAUGUAACGGAAGAGGUUCUGAGAACCAUGGAGCUUCCUAAAGGUUUACAAAGUGUUGGACCAGCUACAACAGAUGAAACUUUACUGUCAGCCAUUGCCAGUGCUCUUCACAUGAGUUCAACCCCCAUAACUGGUCAAACAUCAGCUGCAGCGGAGAAGAACCCAGCCGUCUGGCUCAACACGUCACAGCCACUCUGCAAAGCUUUUGUUGUUACAGAUGAAGACAUUCGGGAACAGGAACUGAAGGUCCAUCGGGCACGGAAGAGCUUAGAAGAAGCACUGAUGGUAGAUGGUUUGGCGCGGGCUGCUGAAUCGACCAGGGACACUGAUAUAUAGAGGACAGACAAAAAAAUAAAUAUUGGAUGAGGUAAAGAGGGCCCAGUCUAGGGAACAUACCUACUGUACUCCAAAGACAGAACCUAGUACUGUAGUGCUCACAAUGCUGGAAUGUCAUCAGUGAACAUAUUCUAAAUAUGAUUCUGGUUUAUAUAUGAAUCCCAAUUCCAAAGUAAAGGGGAGUUUGUCAAUAAAGAGACAGCCUAUAAUAUUAAAAGAAAUUUAAUUCUCAGAAUGUUGCAUUCAUCUCCCUGACCUUGUAUACAUAUAAAUGAUCCAUUUUACUUGAUGGCUGUCAUAACCUUUUGAAUGAUGCAGAUGUUGCUGAAAGAUUACAUGUUGCAGACAUGGAGACAAACAGCAAGUUCAGUACGUUCAUGCUGAAAGUGCACUUUGCAGAGACCUUUGGAUGAUCUGCCUUUGCCAUGAAGUGUGUUGUCAAUUGUAGGAAUUUUAUUUAAUCUAAUAUAUUACAUGGUUCAAUUGCCUCAUAAUGUGCUAUAUAAAAUUUUAAUAGCUUUUAUUAAUCUUGUUCCUUACUAUUGUAUACUCCCUCGUAUACUGCAUACUUUGUAUUAAGGAUACAGACUCUGGGAUUUUUUUAGUGGAGGAACCUUUGCAAGGGAAUUUUUGGGAUUUAUUGGGGAAUUAAUAUUUUCCUGUAUGUACAGUUGUCAAACAUACAAUAUGAGGCUAGACUGACCAUCUGGCAUACUAGGGCAAUUUCUGGAUUGGCUGGCCGUUCGGCCAUGUUUAUUGUGGGGGACCUCAAAGUCCAGGGCCAAUUUUUCAUUCAGCCCUGCUCACACUGAUUAGGCACAACUGACCAAUACAGACUUUAGGAGUUUGCACAGUUACAUUGCCUUUGUGUACUGCUAUUUUGUAACACAAUGAUGAAUUGUAUUGUAAAAUUUAUAUCUAUUGAAAUAGUUUUAAUAACAUAUUUACCUGUCAUUUUUAGUGAUCGUUGUUGACAUACCACAACGAAAUGUGUACUCUGCAUUUAACCCAUAUGUGACAUAGCAGGGGGCAGCUAAUUCAGCGCCCGGGGAGCAGUGCUUGGGGGCGGUACCUUGCUCAGGGUACCUCAGUGGUGCCUUGCUGGUCGGGGAUUCAAACCAGCAAUCUUUCAAUUAUAAGUGCGCUUCCCUAACCAUCAAGCCACCACUGCCCACAUUGUCAACAAAAAAAUGGAAUCUAUGAAAACCCAAAAUUGGCAUUGUUCUAAAGAAUUUUUGUAUAUCAGCAUGUGUAGUAUUAUUAGCCUUGGUGUAUUCUAUUGUUUCAGUUACUAAAUGUGCCCUUAUUUUCGUUCUGUUUACAGAAAUAUAGACUUUGACAUUGGACUCUGUUUCAAAAAUCACUGAAGGGAACAUUGAGGGAUCAUCAGUCUCCUUAAAGCUCAAUGGACCCAUGUAGUUUGACAUCUUAUCAUUGAACAUUGAUUAUCAUUGAAACCACACACACAUACACACACACACAUACAUAUACAUAUGUAUAUAUGCAUAUAUAAAAUCUCAGAACAAUGCUUGUUUUGAAUUAAGAUUUUUCAUAGAGCCAUAUAUUGAGCAGCACUAUUUGAAUUUCAGGUCAACUUGCAAUCUGCUGGAUUUGUAUUGCUAAUUGUUUUUAUUGUUGAUUUCAACAGUUGUAAGGGAAUUGUCUAUUUCAGGGUUUAUAACAAUUUAUAUGUAUGGAAAACUGCUUAUGUAAUUAAAAUUUUACUUAUCAGCAAAUUCCUGAAUCAGUUUGGAGUAAAUAAAUGAUAAUGUAUAGAAUGCAUUAUUAUUAUCAUUAUUAUUAUUAUUAUUUAAAGUGAGGAAAAUGUUAUGUUCUAUACUGCUGAACCAAAGGAAUUGUUUUGUCUUAAUCCAUCGUUUGCCUCUAUUCACAGUCUUUCAAUUUUACAUCAUAUUUUUCAAUUCCUCUGUAUCUAAUUUUACAGUAUAUGAACAAGUCACUCUGCUCUGCCCUGAUUAUGCUAUUAUUGUCAUUAAGCUUCUUUAUCCAAAGAUAAACUCAAAUAAUUUCCAUUUUAACUACUCAUUUCACAAAAUACAUGCUGCAGUUGUAUAUCUCCAAUAAAUAAAUUAUUUUUGGUCAUUUUUGUACAUAA